AUGGACGCACCAAUGAUCGAACUCAAGUCGGCCCUGGCCUCACUGUUUCAAUGCGGACAAUACUCAGAUCUGACCAUUGUGUGUGGCGCGAAAAGAUAUCCAGUUCACCGUAUACUCCUUGCAACCAGAUCUACCUUCUUCGAGGGAGCCUGCCGCAAUGGCUUCAGGGAGGCAGAGACUGGAGUCAUCGACCUCACCGAAGAUGACGCAGAGGCUGUUGACCACAUGGUACACUACUUCUAUCACAUGGACUACCUUACCAAGAAGUCACUCUCGCGCCGCUCCUCACAACGGUCUAACCGACCUACUUCUCUACGAUCCUCCAUCACCAAGAAAAGAAGCCCACCCAAGCAGCUUAAUCUCGCUCAAGUAGAGGAUCCGCUACUUGCGCUUGUGGCCGCAGCCAACAACUCGAUGCCAUUGACUCCUCCCGCAGACGAGCCCAUAUUCCAGAAUCUCGAUGCCUCCACCAAGAUGCCCGACACGCCGAUGGCCGAUCAGUUCUUCGAGGAUGACGAUUCAGAAAGCGAGCAAUCAGAGGCCGAGUUUGACAUUGAGACUACCCAUCUUGUUACACAUGCCAAGGUCUACGCCAUUGCUGAGAAGUACGGCAUUGCAGGCUUGAAAGCGCUUGCGCGUAGUAAAUUUGCAGACGACGUCGAGUUGCACCUCAGCAGUGCCGAGUUUCCAGAGGCUUGCCAAGAGGCGUACGAGUCUACCUUCCACACUGAUCGUGGUCUGCGAGACGUUAUCAUCCAAACCUUCCGUGCCAACCCCAGCCUCUCGCUACGUCCCGACGUUGAGAUGGCGGUGCGAGAAACGCCCGGACUUGCUUUUGAGCUCUUCCGCAUGGCGAGCGGUCUCCCUGUCUCAUCCUGA